AUGGAGAGUUUUGGAGCAAGCAAACUUGACCCGGAACCUCAUUCCGGUUAUCUUAGCUGGCUUCAACUUGACAAGCAUGAUGACCCGAUGAGAGAUUUUUCUGCCCACACACACCGAAGAAGUAACAAAGACCACUUUGUUCGAGUGGUAGAUGGCGAUAUGGGUUACAAUGUACUGGAGGAGACGGAUGCGACCGAGUCCACUGCAGAAGAACUCGAGCAAGUGGUCUUAUUCGAAAAAUUUCUAGAAAUGAAGUUUCAUUUGGGAACAUGGUUCAAUCCCGAACUCGGGAAUGUCCUCCACAAGCCUGAGUUGUCAGGUCGUUUGGCUAAAUGGGCGGUCGAAAUCAGUAGGUUUAACAUUGAGUACAAACCUAGGACUGCGAUCAAUUCACAAGUUUUAGUCGACUUUGUGGCCGAUUUCAGUCCUGGAUUAAUUCCCUUGGCUGCUAAGGAAGUAGUGCUGGUGUUGGAAAUGGGGGUUUGGACCUUAUUUACGGAUGGAGCUUCUAAUAUAAAAGGAUCCGGUCUCGGGAUAGUUCUAGUCACGCCCUCGGGCAAAACUCUAAGGCAGGCCAUUAAAACUGUUCCGUUAACUAACAAUAAAGCUGAGUAUGAGGCUUUGGUUGCAGGACUUGAACUAGCCCGAGGACUCGACUACGAGGUCAUCACGAUAAAGUGUGAUUCCCAACUAGUAGUAAACCAAGUAUACGGGAUUUUUGACAUAAAGGACGAGCACAUGCAACAAUACGUGAACAAGGUUCAGGCACUGCUUACGCAAUUUAAAGAAUGGUCGAUUAUACGUAUUCCAAGGGAAGAAAAUGUGGAAGCAGAUGCAUUGGCUAAUUUGGGUUCAUCUACGAAGAUGAAAGGAUUUGGCUCUAGUACUUUCGUUCAAUUUCUACAUUCAAUAUUGGAUGUGGAUGGUUACUACGAAGUCAAUUCAACCAACCUUGUUUGGGACUGGAGGAAUGAGUUCGUCGAAUACCUUCGUCAUGGCAGAUUACCCGAAGACCCGAAGGCGUCCCGGGCACUACGAACCAAAGCAACUUGUUACUGCCUUGUGGAUGGGCAAUUAUACAGAAGAUAA